AUGGUAAAAGCCUAUCGAGAUAUGUUUAGGCAAUCCGAAAAAGAUGAGAACCAUCCAGAGGGAGAUUUCGAAUGUAUCCGCUAUAAUUUAAAGCAACAAUUUUAUUUAAUUGAAGGAGUUGAUAAUUUACCUUUGGAAGCCACUAGUUCUAAUAGUUCUCAAUUCAACGUGCCAGAUAGUUUUGCCAAAGUGGUCGGUUUAAAUCAUAAAAUCACCAUUAUUCCGGCGGAUAGCCAAGGCAAACCCGAAAAAAAUAAACCGGUUGAAAAUAACCCAAAUGAUAAUCCUUUUAACUCCCUGCCGAAAGAACUAAAUGAUAAAAAUUUACUUCAAUAUUUCCAAGAAAACAAUAUCAAAUCCAUUGAAAAAGAAGGUGAAAACUUAAUAGUUGAGUGUAAUGAUAAUUCAAUUUUUAUUAAAUCCCUCGCCAUUUCUCCCGAACUAAAAGGGAUAGAAAAAUUUUUACAAAACAAAAAUAGUAAAAAAAUUAGUCUUCAAGAAUUAAGUAAACCUUCCGAUACUUCUCCCCCCACAAAAUCCCCAGAGAAAAAUAAUAAUUUAUGA